AUGAAAUUUAGCGCUCUUGUUGCUGUAGUGCAGGGAUGUCUAUGUGUUAAUAUUAAUGAAGUAUGGAGAGAUAAUACGUCCCGUUCUUUAGAUGAAGUCGAGGGUAAGAUAGUAGGGGGAAAACCAAUCGCGAUCGAAAAGUUACCGUUUGCAGUGCAGUUUUAUAAUUUUGGUAACAUGUGUUCUGGUGUUAUCCUAAAUAGCUGGUCUGUACUCACAGCUGCGCAUUGUUUUGAUAAUAACAAGAAUAUUUUUGAUAUGGUUAUUGAAGCUGGUUACCGAUAUAUGUUUGAUUACGAAGCCGAUGUGUACGAAGUGAAGGAUUUCGUGAUUCAUAAAAAUUACAGCCAAGCGAUGCGGUUCGCGUGUGAUAUUGCGAUUAUAUUUGUGAAUCGACAAUUCACGUUUGGAAGUAAAGUGAAAAAGGCUCUGCUGGUAACACAUUCAAAGUGGAUGAAAGGGACCGAAAAAAAAUUUGUUGUAAACGGUUGGGGGUGGAUAAAAUACGGGGGCCCACUCUCUACUAAAGGCCUACAGAAAACUUAUCUACGUUAUGUACCUAAAGGAGACUGCGAAAAAAUGCAUGAUGUAAAUCUCACAGCGGAUAUGUUUUGUUUGUAUGGAGAUGGAGUUCGGGAUACCUGUAAGGGUGAUUCAGGAGGCGGCGUGCUGUGGAAUGGUGUAGUAGUCGGCAUAGUGUCGCACGGCGAUGGGUGUUCGAGAAAAAAUAGUCCAAGUAUCUAUUCAAACGUGUGGUAUUUCAAAAAAUGGAUAAGAGUACAAAUUAUUAAAUUUAUUCGACGUUUUUGCCGAGAAGAAGUUGUAAAUCCCAUCAUUCCAUCAUAA